AUGGCCGACGACGAAGAGCGCACCAAGGCCGAAAAGCUAGCCGCUGCGAAGAAGAGGGUCGCGCAGCUACAGAAGCAGAAGAAAAAGGCGAAUAAGAAAACAUCUGGUUCUGAGGCUUCUACAGCUAAGGAAACGAAGGAGUCUUCGCCGAGUACGGAAGAUAAACAACAAGUAGAAGAAGGACAACCACAAGCUACAGAAGAGUCGAAAGAAGAAUCGAAGCCAACGGAUGACGCCCAAGAGAAGCCCGAAGACCAACAACAAACACAAGAUGAACCUGAACAACUACCUACCGAACAACCCACCUCCCCAUCUCCCUCGACCGAACCCCAGCCCGCCGUGAAAGCGGAUACGCCGUCGCGCCAUGGCCGCCAGCCUUCGCUGUCGAUCCAGUCGAAGAUGAGGUCGUCUUCGUUCCGGAAGGGGUCCGUUUCGCAGGGUAGUGCGUCGCCUUCGCCGUCGGCGAUGUUGAAGUCACCUUCUUUGCCGCCGUUGACGGCUGACGGGGAGUCUGUGCAUGAGGUGUAUCGGAAGCAGGCGGGGCGGAUUGAGGAGGUGGAGAAGGAGAACCGGCGGCUGGAGAAGGAGCUUGAGGAGGCGACAGGCCGGUGGAAGAAGACGGAGGAGCAGUUGGAGGAGUUUCGCGAAGCGAGUGUUGAUGUUGCGGAGUUGAAGGAGAAGUUGGCUAAGGCUGAGGAGAAGGUGGGGGAGGUUGAGGAGUUGAAAGCGGAGAUUGCCUCGCUCCAGAGACAGAACUCGCAUCUGCAGAAGACGCAUCGGAGUACUGCGUCACCGGCCUCGUCAGAGUCCCCUCCCGCAGAUCUUGUGCAGCAGCUUGAGUCGAAGUCUGCCACGAUUGAGGCUAUGGAGCUUGAGAUUUCGAAUCUGCGCGCUCAGCUCACGGAUCAGUCCUCAUCGAGUAGCGCCCAUGAGGCGCAGAUCAAGGCCCUGGAACAGAAACUGUCAAGCACCGAAGCAACGCUGGAGAGUACGCAGAGCGAACUCACGGAGACUAAGAAUGCCUUAACCCGUGCUUCAGAGAAAGCCGUCAAGGAAGGAAUGGACAAGACGUCCACAGAAACCCAGAUCAAGAACCUAGAACGGGAGCUCUCGGAAGUCAAGGAAAGCAAAUUUGAAUCUGAAAAGAAGAUCGAAACUCUCGAGAAAAAGAUCGAAGCAAUGGGCAACCUGCACAAGGAGUCAGAAACACGGCACCAAGCCCGCCUGCGCGAGAGCGAGAAGACAGAACAAGAGGUCGCACAGCUCCGGAGCCGACUAGCCAGCGCCGAGAAUGAGAAUCUCCGGUUGAAGGAAGAGCAGGAGACGCUUCGCAAGCGCAACGCCGUUGGCGCGGACGACGACGGCAUCGACGAACUCGAGGACGAAGAACGGUCCCGUCUGGAGCGCCGAAUCCGUGACUUGGAAGGCGAAAUAUUUGACCUCCGUCGCGGAGUGUGGAAGGAGAAACGCGAGGAAAUUGCUCAUGGCCGUGAACCGAGUGUCGCUUAUGCUUCCAAUGCCAACCAGGCUGCCAAUGCUUUCGACGAUGUUGACCUCGUCGGUGGAGCUCCUGAACACGCCCGCCGACGCAGCAUGCAGCAGCAUUCGUCCUUCUCGACUGUCCUCUCUAGCGGACUGGCUGCUUUUACUGGGGGUAACACGUACGGGAACAGAGCCCGCGCCCCCUCGAAUAAACAGCACCCUCCCGCGGCACGGGGCAGUCUCGAGCUCCUAUCCGAGGAGAACUUCGACGACGAGUUCGAUGAGGCAGAGUUUGCCCGCGCCCAGGCCGAGGAAGAAGCUCGCAAGCGCGUCGAAUGGGUCCGCGAGAUUAAGAAGAAGCUCAAGGACUGGCAUGGCUGGCGGCUGGAUCUGGUUGACAGCCGGGCUGGAGCGGAAGGAGCUGGAGUGGGAAUGGGUGAGAUAUUCGAGAUCUAG